AUGAUGAAGAGUUCGAAUAAUCAAAAUCCAAUGAACUCUGCUCCAAAACUCUUCGGUGUUCCUCUGCCGCAAGGUCGUUUUCUUUCUUAUGUCUUCUUCUUGUGCUGUGGUGUAACAAUUGGAAUCUUCAGCAGCUACUACUAUCUUAAAAACGGCAUACCAAGCCUUCAGUUCCUUCGAUCCUCGCUCACUCAAUCCCCGCCUCAGGCGCCGCCGGACGUAUCCUUGAUCCCUCCGCCGUCAGUAAUAUCGGAAUAUUGGAGCAAUGAGAACGUGAGUGUCACUGAAUUGAAACAUGGACCCCUGCGGCCACGUCAUCAGGCGCCAAUGCAUCAUAUGAAUGAUAAAGAAUUGCUUCGCGUAGCUGCAAAGGCUGUGAGGAAUGGGACGUAUCUGAAACAACAUCAUGUUCCUAAGGUGGCCUUCUUGUUCUUGGUAAGGGGUCCUGUGCUUUUGGCUCCUUUGUGGCAGAAGUUCUUCGAAGGGAAUGAAGGCAAGUACUCUAUUUACGUGCAUUCUAAUCCAUCCUAUGAUUCAUCAGUUCCGGAGAGUCCGGUUUUUCGAGGACGGAGAAUUCCUAGUAAGAAGGUGGAAUGGGGCGGCGUCAACAUGAUCGAAGCAGAGCGUCGUCUUCUGGCCAACGCGCUGCUGGAUCUAUCGAACGAGCGAUUCGCUCUCAUCUCAGAAUCCUGCAUACCCCUUUUCAACUUCUCCUUCACCUAUUCCUAUUUGAUUAACUCUGAACAGAACUAUGUCAUGGCGUAUGACGAGGACAGCGCAGUCGGAAGAGGACGGUAUAGGAGCAGCAUGUCCCCAACCAUCACUCUAAAACAAUGGAGGAAAGGUUCUCAGUGGUUCGAAAUGGGUAGAGAGCUCGCUCAUCAAGUAGUAACAGACAAAAAAUACUUCCCAAUUUUCCAAAAGCACUGCAGGGGAUCAUGCUACUCGGAUGAACACUACUUGCCAACAUAUGUUAGCAUCGAGCAUUGGAAGAAGAACUCGAAUCGGAGCUUGACCUGGGUUGAUUGGUCGAAAGGCGGUCCGCACCCGGCAAAGUUCGUGAGACCGGAGGUGACCAUUGACUUCCUCAACAGCCUGAGGGACAUGCAAUGCCCAUAUAACGGAAACAGCACAAAUGCUUGUUAUCUUUUUGCCAGGAAGUUUUUGCCUAGUGCUUUGAUAAGGCUACUUAAGGUUACUCACAUAGUUUUUCGGUUUUAA